AAUAAUUAUGUAGACGUCUCCUUUGCCUCAGACAGAUUCUCCGUCCGCUGAUGGUACCUGCAUAGCCCCUCGCUCCUGUCUGUGGGGCCUGGGCAGGAAUCUGUUGCUCAGUCAGUGACCUCAGAUACCGCCGCCACCUGGUACAGGAUUCCCCACCACCAGCUCCUUCGGUUCGGGGCCACCAAGAGUUAAAACAGCUGAGUGUUUUUGGGGUGACGUAGUCUGGAAGACCCCAGUGGAAGAGUUCGGUGAGGGUGUCACUGGCCGUAUGAUACAACUGUGAAACCUGAGCCUCCGGAGCUGCAAGCAUGAAGAGACGGAGACCCUGAAUCCACGCAGAGCGCCUGCACUGGGAUCACAGACGGCACCAUGACCCUGACAGCCAGGACCGGUCUGGCUCUGUUCUACCUCUGCGCCGUCCACAUCUCUGCCCACCCCAGGGCUUCAAAAUAUACAGUGAUUAAUGAAAACUGUCCUGGAGCGGAGUGGAAUAUCAUGUGCCGAGACUGCUGUGAAUAUGAUCCGGUGGAGUGUGUGUGUCCAGGAGGCAAUACGAAGGUGGGAUAUAGCAUCCCUUGCUGUAGGAAUGAAGAUAAUGAGUGUGACUCCUGCCUCAUACACCCAGGAUGUUCUAUAUUUGAAAACUGUAAGUCCUGUAACAAUGGGUCGUGGGGCAGGAUGCUGGAUGACUUCUAUGUGAAGGGUCAGUACUGCUCGGAGUGUCGGGUCGGCUGGUACGGUGGAGACUGCAUGAGAUGUGGGGAGGUAAUCCAAGCUGCCCGUGGAGAGAUCAUGUUGGAGAGUUACCCAUUUAAUGCGCACUGUGAAUGGAGCAUCCAAGUGUCACCCGGAUAUACUGUAGAACUCAGGUUUGCAAUGAUCAGUCUGGAGUUUGAUUAUAUGUGUCAGUAUGAUUACCUGGAAGUCCGAGACGGCGACACUGUGGAUGCUAAAAUCAUCAAGCGCUUCUGCGGGAACGAGCGGCCACAAUCCAUCCGCAGCUCGGGGAACUCUCUGCACCUUCUUUUCCAGUCGGAUGGAUCUAAAAACUUUGAUGGAUUCUAUGCUACCUUCAAAGAAGUUACUGUGUGCUCCUCUUCCCCAUGUUUCCAUGAUGGGACAUGCAUUGUGGAGAAAACUGGAUCCUAUAAAUGUGCCUGUCUGGCGGGAUAUACGGGAAAACACUGCGAAAACGUGAUAGAAGAAAAGAGCUGCACAAAUCCGGGACCACCACUGAAUGGAUAUAUGAAAUUGUCUGAGCAGGGGGGUUUCACCUACGGGAAUCGGGUCAAGAUAGGUUCCACCAUCCACUACUUCUGUAACAACAGCCAUGUCCUCAGCGGGAAUCAGGAGCGGAAAUGUCUGGAAACAGGGCAAUGGUCUGGGAAGCAGCCAAUCUGCAUAAAAGCUUGUCGGGAGCCCAAGAUUCCUGAUCUGGUGCGUCAGAAGGUGCUGCCAUCGCAGGUUGAGUCACGGGAGACUCCUCUUCACAAGCUUUACUCCGCAUCAACGUCUUCAUUCACCAAGGAGAAGAUUGAAAUUUACCCCACAAAGAAGCCGGCUCUGCCCCCCGGAGAGCUCCCCAUAGGGUACCAGCACCUCCAUACACAAAUCCAGUACGUAUGUGUGUCGCCAUUCUACCGACGCACAGGAAGCAGCAGAAGGACUUGUCUGAAAACCGGAAAGUGGAGUGGGCGAGCUCCAUCUUGUAUCCCUAUUUGCGGCAAGCUGGAAAAUUUCACCAUUCCCGGAGUCUCCGAAAUGCGCUGGCCGUGGCAAGCCGCCUUAUACCGCAGAUCUAACGGAGUGAAAGAUGUGAACCUGAGGAAGGGCGCCUGGGUCUUGGUGUGCAGCGGGGCCCUGCUAAAUGAGCGCACCGUAGUGAUAGCUGCUCACUGCGUGACUGACCUCGGCAAGAGCACCAUUAUCAAGGUGUCAGACCUGAAAGUCGUGUUGGGAAAAUUCUACAGAGACGACGAGCGGGAUGACAAGAGCCUGCAGCAUCUGCACAUCUCAGCCGUCAUCAUACACCCUAACUUUGACCCCAUCCUGCUGGACUCUGAUAUCGCGGUCAUUAAACUGCUGGACAAGGCCAGAGUGAGUAACAACGUCCAACCCGUGUGUCUGACCUCGUCAUCGGAUCUUGACUUGACCACACUAGACUCCAGGAUUGUCACCAGUGGUUGGAGGAUCCUCUCUGACCCCAAGGCCACAGGUUACAAGAACGAGACAAUUCGUGCCGGUUUGGUGCUGCCGGUGGACUCUCUCCUCUGUGAGCAGCAGUAUGAGGAGAACGGGAUCGCAGUCAGUGUGACAGAAAGCAUGUUCUGUGCCAAACAGGCAUCGGGUGCCUCGUCAAACAUAUGUCCUUCAGAGACUGGGGGUAUCGCCGCUGCUCUGUUGCCAGGAAAGGAGUCGUCUGAGGGCACUUGGCAACUGGUAGGACUGGUCAGCUGGGGCUACGACAAGGCCUGUGAUCAGGACCUCUAUACCGGGUACACUAAAGUCACCACCUUCAGAGACUGGUUGGAAAGAAAUAUGAAGUAGAUCUUAAAUGAGGUGGUGUUCAUCUCCAGAUAUACAUGGACUUAGGCUUUUCCUUCUAUUUAUAUAUCCAGUCACAAUAUCAUACAUCUCAGACUUCUGAACACAUCUCCAGAUAUCGUAGAGGCAGCCAUUUUGGGGGCUCUUUAAAAUUCACGAGGACCGUUAGCUAAGGGUUGAUGCAGAACCAAUGAACAUGUCAAGUUCCAUGAACGUUAGCAGCACCUUCUUGAGGUCAAUAGUUUCUAAAAAUGUACAACCUGUGUCAGUCAACUCAGGGCAAUGGCGCUAUUUUAGUUUCAGACGAUAAUGUAAUAGUCCAGACCGGCAGUCCAUGGUGAGUAGAUGAAUGAACAUCGCCAGAUGAUUGGUUGUACAGGUUUUAUCUACUCAUCCUUUCACCUACUGGUGGCCAUAGUUUGGCGGACGUAUUGUACAGUAGUUGAAGGAUUCAGUUUGUCAUCGUAGCAGAGCCAGUUUUGUCAUUUGGCACAACUCAUUGUGAUAUCAUGAUGUGUCUGAUUUCCCAUGGGACCAUUUCAUAGACCGUUGAGCUCUGCCUCAUCCGUAUGACCAACAUGAUGGUCAGUUGCCGAGCCUUUAGACUCUCUGAGGAGUGGAUGUUGUUGGUGGGUGCGGGUAGGUUUUUGUGGUGGGUGCGGGGUGAUAGAGCCCCAAUUAUCUGAUAUCGAUGACCUAUCCUAUGAGUACUGGAAGACCCCUUUAAGGGAUAUUCACUGAUCAGUUAUAAGAUUACGUGAUGUGAAUAACAUUGAUUAUCUCAUGGUUCCAAUCUGAUCGCUGGAGUCUAAAGGUCCCUUUACAUGGAACGACACAGCAGCAAAUUGUCGGGAUGGAAGCGUUCCUUCCCGACUAUCACCUGCUCAUCAGCGGAGGAGAAAGCUGCAUUUACAUGCAGUGAUCUCCUCCACAGUAUGAGAAGGAGCGAUCACUAAUGCCAUCGCUCAUCCCCAUACAGACUCGUUGUUUGCCAGCAGCAGAUGCCGUUUACACAGCACGAUUUGCUGCCGGCAAACAAUAAUUUUUGUGACCGCACAAAUGAUCUAUUACUCGAUGGAUGAACGUUUUGCUCGUUCAUCGGGUAAUCAGCAGCACAUUUACACCGCCAGACAAUUCGUAACGAACGCUCCUAUGAACGCUCAUUAGCGAUUAUCUUUAGGAUUCUCCGUCCAUGUAAAGGGCCUUUAGCAGGGUUGUCUCAACAGCUGACAAAGAGAGAGUGCAGGACAAGUCUGGUCAAGAAAUGGUACGUUUUCAGAGGGUACAAGACAUUCUAUCAAAACUAGACCAUGGAACAAGCAGGUGGCCUGAUCUGAUUAAUUUUGUUUCCCUUUUCAUCAUGUGGAUGGCUGGGUACAGUAUGUCACUUACCAGGAAGAGGACAAGCCGACGAAGGCAGUGUGAUGCUCUGGACAAAGUUCUGCUGAUAAACCUUGGGUCUCGACAUCAUGUGGAUGUGGCUUGUACCACCUACCUAACCAUUGUACAGACAAGCUCCUUCAUGGCCAUGGUGUUCCUUAAUGGCAGUGCACUCUUUAAGCAGGACCUGGCCACAAAAAUUGUUGAAGAACAGUCUGAGGAACAUAACAAAAAGUCGGAUCCUACCUUACUUAUGAGGCAUAAAGGAUCUGCUGCUAACAUCUUGGUGCCAGAUGCCACAGGACACCUUCAGAACAGAGGUCUUGUGGGGCAGAUGUUGGUUAUUUUGGUGGU